ACAUUUUGUCUUGUUUUCUUCCCCCUUCCAUCUUUAUUUCGCUGUAGAAAAAAAAAAUCUUUCAAAACCUUUUUUCUUUUUUGUCCCUCAAAGCAUCUCUUAGCUGCCAAGUACUUGCAUUUCAGCUUCAAUUGAGAAUUUCCAUCAAUAAUCCUUUAAUUUUCAGUUAAAGCAACAUCUUUUUUUUGUUGAACACAGAGAUGGAUGUAGUUCGGUUUCAGUUGGAAUGAAGAACUUACAGAACACACAAGAUAUAAAACCUUCGAUUCAAGCUUCAAAUGAAUCCAAAACAGAACAGCAGAAUAAUCAAACAUCGGCUGAUUCUGCUUCAAGCAAUGAUGGCCAAAAAGUUUCACGACAGGAUAUCGAACUUGUCCAGAAUUUAAUUGAACGAUGUUUACAACUAUACAUGAACAAGGACGAGGUCGUCAAAACCCUCUUGAAUCGAGCGAGGAUAGACCCUGGAUUCACAACAUUAGUAUGGCAAAAGCUGGAGGAGGAAAAUGCUGAUUUUUUCAGGGCUUAUUAUAUAAGGCUGAAAUUGAAGAAGCAAAUCCUUUUGUUUAACCAUUUGCUUGAGCGUCAGUAUUAUCUAAUGAAAUAUCCUAUGCCUCCAAAGGUUCCUCUGGUCCCAAUCCAAAAUGGGAUUCAUCCCAUGCCUGUUAACAACUUACCAAUGGGAUAUCCUGUGCUGCAACAACCUCCGAUUCCAGCUGCAGGGCAACCUCAUCUAGACUCGAUGGGGAUAUCAAGCUGUCAUGUGGUCAAUGGAGUCCCAGCACCCAGUCAUUUUCAACCAAUGCAGAUGAAUUCUGGGAAUGACAUGAUGGACAACAACGCUACUGAUGCGACACCUGCAGUUCCUCCAACCACUGCCAUGAUGUCAUCUAUGUCGGAGAUGCCAGUGAGCCCUACAUCGGUGGCGUCCAGUGGGAAUUUCCCUUUCACUGCAACAGACAUGUCGGAAAUGGGAGUAGACACAGCAACACUUGAUUCGGCCUUCACAGCAGAUGUGGCAAGUUCAAUAGGAUUGCAACUGGGACCUGGUAAUGGAGCCGACGAUUCUAGAGAUUCCCUUAGACCACUUGAUCAGAUUCAGUGGAAUUUCAGUCUCUCUGAUCUUACAGCCGAUUUCUCAAACUUGGGAGAUUUAGGAGCACUUGGGAACCACCCUGGUUCUCCUUUUCUUCCCUCUGAUUCAGAAAUUAUGCUCGGUUCUUCGGAGCACGAGGAUAUAGUAGAGGAAUUUUUUGUUGAUUCUGUCCCUGGACAGCCAUGCACUCCGUCUGACGAAGAGAAAUAGUAGACAAAGGAUUGCAAGGGCAAAAAGGGAAUUACUCCUUCCACUGGUUGCCCAGUUCACCCAUUGUCCUAGUUCACUCUUGUUGAAAAUUGAGGAGACAGUGUGGUGAGAUGGUGGAGAUGCACCUCACCAUUAAUAAUCCAAACAACAAAAAAGGUACAGUGAAAAAGCAUAUGCUUUAAGAAUCCAUCUCGCUUAUGGUAGUUGUAAAUCCAAAUGGAGCCUAAUUAUAUUGGUGUUUUUGGUAAGAAUAACUGUAAAAAUAUUUAACGUUUUAAAUGCGAUGCUAUGAGACAACAAACAUAAUGGUUCGACCUCACAAAACUAAAUAGAGUCUGCCACUAUUUACAUAAUAUUCAUGUUAUGCACAGAUCUCUAUCACGAAGUUGCUGGCUUUCGAGCUACAAAUUUGGGAUCAGAACCACGUUUUGCGUAUAAAGAGCCCACAGCUGGAACUUCAGUAGCUGAAGAAACCAUGGCGGAUAGAGGCUGGAAAUUGGUGCUCCCAAUGAACCAGUAGAGAGCCCACUUAAGAUUACAGAGGGUAUAUUUCAAAGCUUUGGUCCAAUUCUCUUGCUUAUUGAAGCUUUGUGUGAUGGAGUAGUUUUCAACUUUAUCGUUCUCGAUCCUGAAAGAUGGCACGAAUAGAACGGUAAAUUCAAAAGUUCGGAUCUACUCUAUUCAGAACCACCCAAAACACAUUGAUAUUCAGAUACAGAAGAGACUAAGGAGUACCAUUCUAUAUAAAAAAGAAAUCUCACUUGUAGGGUAAGUUAAAGCAUUUCUCAGGUGGAAUGUUGUUUUCUAGAUCCUUGGCAUUUGCAAACUCAGCAAAGUCCUUGAGGCAAGUUAAGAAUAGUGUCAUUGCUUUGUCGUACCGUGUACUCCAGAACAGGUUCACUGGACCAAACCUAGAAACAUAUUCAUGCAGCAGGCAACUGAAAACAUGCAACAAGCAUGAUGCGUAAAACACAUAAGAGGACAUUGCCCAGAUUUAUGUAUUACGUACUCCAAGGAUGCACCUAUCCUUUCAGGUUUACAUGCCUUUAAUAUUCCAAAUCAAAUCAUUCAAAAAGUCAAAAAGCCUUUACACUUACAA